AUGGAGGUGCCGCCUAUUCAUCCCGGACCUUCCAGCGAUGAGCUACUGUCGUUACAGGGCGAUCAUAGGUCCGUCCACAUAUGGGAGGGAGAGUUACUAGCCGAGACUCUCCGCUUCAGGAGAGUGGACGACACGUGGGACUUUCUGAAACGCAAAGUUCUCCAUACCUAUGUAGUUAGAUGCUUGCAGGAUACGGGCUUCCGUAGGAUUUUGGAUAUUGAGCGGCUACAGCUUGAUUGGUCUUUGGUCACGGCCCUAAUAGAGCGUUGGAGACCGGAGACGCGCACAUUCCACUUGCUCAUUGGCGAGGCCACCAUCACACUGCAGGAUGUGAAGGUUAUAUAUGGGCUGCCCGUUAGUGGACACCCCGUUGCUUUGCCGUAUGCCAUGAGAGAGAUGAUAGGUAUGCAGUACCUAGACAUGCUGCAACAGCUCACUAGUUUCCGGCCAUAG